GGAUACAGCCCGGGAGCGGGUCUUCCUAUAGCCUCCUGGUAGCUGCUGGAGUGGAGGAGGAAGAAACGGGGCGAUUAUGUUGGAGUUUUGAUGAAGUUGUUGGUCGGGGAUGUCGGGGAUGAUUUUAAGGACUUUCCUUGGUUGUCUUCAGGCAUUGUGGAGACUCCGUGGAGACUUUUCUUUGCUUUGGAUUUGCACAUUACUGCUAGCUCUGCUGUAGGGCUCUGACACACACACACACACACACAAAAAGUGGAUUAAAAUGUCGGAUACGAAGGUAAAAGUCGCUGUCCGAGUCCGGCCCAUGAACCGCAGGGAGAUUGAGCUGAGCACCAAGUGUGUGGUGGAGAUGGAGGACAACCAGACCGUCCUGCACCCUCCACCUUCCAAUGCCAAGGGAGAAAACAGGAAACAGCCCAAGGUGUUUGCUUUUGACCAUUGUUUCUGGUCAAUGGAUGAGUCGAACAUCCCCAAAUAUGCUGGUCAGGAGGUGGUCUACAGGUGCUUGGGGGAGGGGAUCCUGGAGAACGCCUUUCAGGGAUACAACGCCUGCAUAUUCGCCUACGGACAAACAGGCUCGGGGAAGUCGUACUCCAUGAUGGGAAGUGUUGAUCAGCCCGGUUUAAUCCCGCGUCUCUGCUGCUCGUUGUUCGAGAGAGUCGGCCGUGAGCAGAGCGACUCACACACCUUUAAAGUGGAAGUUUCCUACAUGGAGAUCUAUAACGAGAAAGUCAGAGACCUGCUCGACCCCAAGGGGAGUCGUACGUCUCUGAAGGUGAGGGAACACAAGGUUCUGGGUCCGUAUGUGGACGGUUUGUCUCAGCUGGCUGUAACUAACUUCCAGGACAUCGAGUGUGUGAUGUCAGAGGGUAAUAAGUCUCGCACCGUCGCUGCUACGAACAUGAACGAGGAGAGCAGCCGGUCUCACGCCGUCUUCAGUAUCAUCAUCACUCAGACACUAUACGACCUGCAGUCUGGGAACUCAGGUGAGAAGGUGAGUAAGGUGAGUCUGGUGGAUCUGGCUGGCAGCGAGCGCGUGUCUAAAACCGGAGCAGCAGGAGAGAGACUGAAGGAGGGCAGCAACAUCAACAGAUCUCUGACCACCCUGGGUUGUGUGAUCUCGGCUCUGGCCGAUCAGUCCGCAGGAAAGAGCAAGAACAAGUUCGUCCCGUACAGAGACUCGGUCCUCACCUGGCUGCUGAAGGACAACCUGGGCGGGAACAGCAAGACGGCCAUGAUCGCCACGGUGAGUCCGGCGGCCGAUAACUACGAGGAGACGCUGUCCACGCUGCGCUACGCCGACCGCGCCAAGAGGAUCGUCAACCACGCCGUCGUCAACGAGGACCCCAACGCGCGCAUCAUCAGGGAGCUGAGGGAGGAGGUGGAGAAGCUGAGGGGGCAGCUCAGUCAGGCCGAGUCUCUGAAAGCCCCUGAGCUGCAGGAGAAGCUGCAGGAGUCGGAGAAGCUCAUCCAAGAGAUGACCGUCACCUGGGAGGAGAAACUCAGGAAGACCGAGGAGAUCGCACAGGAGAGACAGAAGCAGCUGGAGAGUAUGGGAAUCUCCCUGGAGUCCUCAGGGAUCAAGGUGGGAGAGGAUAAGUGCUUCCUGGUCAACCUGAACGCUGACCCCGCCCUCAACGAGCUGCUCGUUUAUUAUCUGAAGGAGCACACGCGUGUAGGAGCGGACACGUCUCAGGACAUCCAGCUGUUCGGUAUCGGGAUUCAGCCGGAGCACUGCGUCAUCGAUAUCACUCCCGAUGGAGACGUCACACUCUGUCCUGUGGAGAACGCCAGGACGUGUGUGAACGGGACUGUGGUUUACUCCACGGUUCAUCUUUGGCACGGAGAUCGCAUCUUAUGGGGCAACAACCACUUUUUCAGAGCGAACCUGCCGAAGCGCAAGCGUCGUGACCGUUUGAAGGAUUUGGAGCGCGAGUCUCCGCGCUCGAGUUUCGUGGACGUGGACGUGGAGACGGCGAGCGAGGCUUCGUCCGAGCAGGACUACAACUACGAAUUCGCUCAGAUGGAGGUCAUGAUGAAAACGCUAGGGACCAACGACCCGAUGCAGAACGUGGUCCAGGUUCUGGAGAAGCAGUACCUGGAGGAGAAGCGCUCGGCCUUAGAGGAGCAGCGUCUGCGGUACGAGCGGGAACUCGACCUCCUGCGCCAGCGGCUUUCUCCGGAGAGAUCCUCCCAGCACCACCAGCGCAGCAACAGCGACCGCCUCACCUUCCACACACACAACACACACACCAAGAUGCGCCUGUGGACUGAGGAGAGAGACGAGCUGUUCCGGCAGAGUUUGUCUCGUCUGCGAGAGCAGGUGGUCCGCGCCAACACACUCGUCCGGGAGGCGAACUUCCUGUCUGAGGAGAUGGACAAACACACCGACUACCAGGUGACCCUGCAGAUCCCGGCGGCGCACCUGAGCGCCAACCGCAAGCGAGGCGCGAUCGUGAGCGAGCCGGCCAUCCAGGUGCGGCGCAGAGAGAAAGGGACGCAGGUGUGGACCAUCGAGAAGCUGGAGAACAAGCUGGUGGACAUGAGGGAGCAGUACAGCGAGUGGAAGGAGGGAGGACGCGACACGCCCGUCAGGCCUCAGGGCAAGCAGGCCGACCCGUUCUACGAAGCUCAGGAGAACCACAACCUGAUCGGCGUCGCCAAUGUUUUUCUCGAGUGUCUCUUCCAUGAUGUCAAACUUCAGUAUGCAGUUCCCAUCAUCAGCCAGCAGGGGGAGGUGGCCGGUCGGCUGCACGUGGAGCUGAUGCGAGUGUGUGGCGCGGUGCCCGAGCGUCUGGUGGGCGGAGACGACUCGUCUGAGAACUCGAGUGAGAGCAGCAGCUAUGAGGUAAUGGACACCAACGGAGAGAUCGUGCACAUGGCCAAAACACUCACCUGCAGGGUCCGGAUCCGUAGAGCCACCGGUUUGCCGCUGAACCUCUCCAACUUUGUUUUCUGUCAGUAUACCUUCUGGGAGCAGGCGGAGCCUACCGUGGCCCCGCCCAUGGUCAGUCCAGACACGCCCACUUCUCAUACUGCAGACGCACAGUUUACUGUAUCGUUCGAUCACUGCAAGGACUACGUGGUCCACGUCUCUGAUGAGUUUGUGGAGUUUAUCUCAGACGGAGCGCUGGCCAUCGAGGUGUGGGGGCAUCGCUGUGCCGGGAACGGACACGCCCACUGGGAGCUGAACACACUGCAGGCCAAGACACGCACGCUACGGGACAGGUGGAGUGAGGUGUCUCGCAGGGUCGAGUUGUGGGUGUCGAUACAGGAGCUGAACGAGCAGGGCGUGUACACGGCCGUGGAGCUUCACCCCAACAGGGACAUCAGCACAGGGGGCGUGUUCCAGCUGCGACAGGGUCACUCCCGGAGGCUGCAGGUGAGUGUGAAGCCGGUGCAGCACUCGGGGACGCUGCCGCUCUUAGUGGAGGCCGUUUUGUCCGUCUCUAUCGGCUGCGUGUCCGCUCGAUCCGCUAAACUCCAGAGAGCCCUCGACAGCUACCAGAGGGAGGAAGAUGACGAUAUGGAUAGUUAUCAGGAGGAGGACCUGAACUGCGUGCGCGAGCGCUGGUCCGAGGCGCUGAUCAAACGCCGCGAGUAUCUCGACGAACAAUUAAAGAAGAUCAUGAACAAAUCAGAGAAGUCUGAGGAGGAUGUGGAGAGGGAGGCGCGGUUAGUGGAGCAGUGGGUGGGGCUUACGGAGGAGCGAAACACCGUGUUGGUCCCAGCUCCUGGUAGUGGCAUCCCCGGAGCUCCUGCUCAAUGGGCGCCCCCUUCAGGCAUGGAGGCUCACGUCCCCGUGUUGUUUCUAGAUCUGAAUGCUGAUAACCUGACGGCGAGCGAGCAGCUCACAGGCUCCCACGCCGCCGGGGUCAACUCCAUCCUCCCCAAAGAGCACGGCAGCCAGUUCUUCUACCUCCCCAUCAUCAAACACAGCGAUGACGAGGUGUGUGUGACGUGCUCCUGGGACUCGUCCAUUCAUGACUCCAUCUACCUGAACCGCGUGACGGCGCCGGGCGAGCGCAUCUACCUGAUCAUCAAAGCCACGGUGCAGCUCAGCCACCCGGCCAGCAUGGAGCUCAUCCUGCGCAAGAGGAUCGCCGUCAACAUCUACAACAAACAGAGCUUCACACAGAGUCUGAAAAGGAGAAUGUCUCUGAAAAACAUGCUGCACUCCUGUGGAGUUACGUAUGAAAUCGUCUCCAAUAUACCAAAGGCGUCUGAGGAGCCGGAGGAGAGGGAGACGCUGGCGUUAAUGGCGGCCCGCGGUGAAGCAGAGGAGACAGAGGACGGAGAGACGUACAUCGAGAAAUACACUCGAGGAGUUCUGGAGGUGGCGAAUAUCUUGUGUCUGGAGAGACUGAGACAGGCGGUGACAGUAAAGGAAGCACUCUCAGUUAAAAGCAGACACAUACGGAGGAGCCUGAGCACUCCCAACGUCCAGCAUACGUCCUGUUGUAAGUCAGAUGGGACGGGGUGCUGUGAAGAUGAUGAUGAAGAUCUGAAAGGUCACUGUGAGGUUCAGCAGGACGUCUCAGACUGCUGUUGUCACGAGACGGGGGUCUCCAUGGCAACCACAAAAGACACGCCUCUCAAAACCAAGGAGAAUCACGGCUCGGUUCCGGAAGGUUCCACGUUCUUCAGCGCGAGCCCGUUUAAAGCGCUCUCACCUCAGCCUCCCAAAUUCCUCAAAUCCCUGAUGCCUGUUCGGGAGGAGAGCAAAGCCAAGCGCACGCUAGAGGCACGCCCUCUGCUGGGGCAGGAGAGCAUGCGCUGGUUAAUGGCUCGGGGUGGCCCCUGGCUCCGCCCACGGGCUCGGAGUGAGGGCCACUGCUGCACGACAAACCACACCCACCUCAGAGCCAAACCUAAACACACUGCUGAUUCGGAAGAGGAGGAGCCUGAGCAGGAUGGCUGUGGCGCUGUUCCAUCCUCCGUCUCCCUCCGUCACUUCCGGACGUACAUCCCAGAGGACUUCGCCAAUUUCGAGGUCUACAACGCCACCCUGUGCGGGGGCGGAGACUUGCCGGUGGGCGUGGCGCUGUUGCCUGGAAACAGAGUGUCUCGCAGUCCCACGGCGAGCAGCUGCACGAGCGGAUAUUUCUCCCACAGCACCUCCAACGCUACGCUUUCGGAUGCACCGUUCUCGGGCAGCGAGAGUUCGGACCGUCUCAGCGUCGGCUCCCGGGACGCAGCCGAGCUCCAGGAGCACGCCAGGAACUCCCUGACUGCUAAAGGUGCCUUAAACGAGGCCACUCACGUCCACGCCUCAUCGUCUCUCUCAAACACCAGUCAGGAGUUCACAGACUUCAAAGGCGCCGGUGACGAAUUAGGAGAGGACGAACUCAAGCACUUUGACUGGCACACGGGACAGGCGGAACCUGCCGGAAGUUCCCCGAGACAUCAAGAGCACGUCAGCGCUGACGAUCUAGGGACACCGUGCCACCUCCAAAACGGCAACGGGGGUCCAUCGUCGUCCUCGUCUUCGUCCGGGACGCCGCCUCGCCCCACUGCAUCGGAGGACGCGGCACGCAUAAACGGAGACGGAAACAGUCAAGCGAACUCGAGCGAAGACGAGGAGGGUGCACCGGUGACCCAGCUGCCUGACUGGAUGGCACCUGGAGAGCAGGUGUGGGUGGGCACGAGAAGCGGCACGGUGCACUACGUGGGCGGAGUCGAGUUCGCCCAGGGCAUCUGGGUAGGAGUGGAGCUUGACUGUGCUGUAGGUAAACACGACGGCACGGUGCAGGGACGGGUGUAUUUCCGCUGCGCCACCGGUCACGGCGCGUUCGUGCGUCCGGCGUGCCUCAGCAGGUCGCCUGUCUCCGUGGACACCGACCCGCAGCUCCAACGCGUCCUGCUGUAGGGAAGACGGUUUCUGUUCAGAGCCGAUGCUACAUGCUAAUAUUUAAAUAUUUUACAUUAACAUCACGAUCAGGAUUUAAAAAAAUAUUCUUCUUAGGGAAGGACACGCUGGAUUUUUAUUCGUCUGUAACAAAAGAGCUUCCUUCAUUAUACAUGGAGCGUGGAGUGUGUUCAGUAUCACAGCAUAGCGUAUCACUGAUUAUCGGCACAUACCUAACGUAGGCUUCUCUCUCUUCGGUAUUUUAUUUUCCUGUGUAUUUUAAUAUUUUUUUGUUUUAAAAUUAUAAGACUAUUUAAAAAACAAGAAGAAGAAGAAGAUAAAGAUCCCUCUUUGAAUGUUAAAUGCACCGUUGCACAAAUUCUCCCUCACGAUAUCUUAUAGAUGAUUUUUUAUUUUUAAGCUCAAACUUAACUUUAAGCCAGCUUCUGUUUCACGCCUUAUCCAACCACUUCCACUGACCGCGGCUGAACGAGGACGGAAUUCAGCGCUGUUUAAGGCGGAGACAUGAAGGAAAUCAGCUGAAGUUAAGAAAGUACUACUGUUGAGUCACGGGAUUAUAUCAGGUGUUACCAAAGACGCUUCCAAUUUGCUGUUUAAGCUGAAAGCGUUUGUGUUUUUAUCUCGUGUGUUUGUGUGUGUGUGUGUGUGUGUUAGACAUGUGUCAGUAUUGUUGCAGUAUCACUAUGAUGUCGCUGUAAUGUUUCAACUUUACCCAUAAUACCGUUUUUUUGAAAGUGUAGCAACACUGACUCAUUUUGGUCUCCGACGUAAAAUAAGAGAUUCUAUAAUUCAGGUGUCCUCGUGAUGUCCUUUUAAACGGCACAAACGUCCAACAGGCCUUAAUGUUUUUACUCAGCCCGGUUUAAACCGCCUCGUAAUUUUAGUUUGUAUCAGAUCACAUCUAGAGCCUGUCCGAUUGAAUCAUUGAGUCAGUUUUUGAUUCAGAAUCGAUUUACAUUUAAGAACAAUUUAAGAACUUGUUGAAAUUCUGCGGUAAAUACAAACUGCUUGCAAAAUACUCUCGUUUUACAAGAUUAUUGCGUCGCUACUACUUCUUCAUUCUGGGUUUAUGUGUAAUUCGAGCAGUACCGCCACCUACUGGAGAGUACAAUAACGAAGUAUAUGUACUCAGUUACCUCCCAUCUUAGGGCAAACAUUAGUGCUAUUGAAAUCAAAUUUAAAUUUACAAAAUAAAAUGAAAAAAUCAUAACGGAUCAAAUUAAAUUGGCGGUCUAAAUCGUGUAGCCAGAGGAAUUCUGCGGUAGAUCACGAUACAGGUGUGUACAGUUGAAUAUUUUUACCGGUGACAGUGACAUAUUUUCUUCUUCUUGGUGUUUACCAGCGGCUGGCAUCCACUACGUUGCAUCACCGCCACCUUCUGGUCUUCAUCUUCCUCAUCUUUCUUUCAUUUUUCUCUUUUCUAGUCUGUUUCUUGUUAUAAGGGGUGUAACUACAUAUUAGUAGGUCACAUGACUAUAUCAGGUUUGUGUGCUGCACCUUAAGUGCUAGAACUCGAUAACACAUUCCUCAUUAACUCAAACACAGGAGACACGUUUUUUUAUCACCUGUAUGUUACUGGCAGAGUGAGCGAUCCAUGAGACUUAUCAGGGUUUAAUCUGCGAACCAUAACAGGGUGUUUAUGAAACCAUUGGCGUAACAGUUAAGUCGUCUCACUAAACCUGUUGUUUUUUUAUUUUUUAUUUUGCUUGGAUUUAUUUCACUUGUUCAUAAUUCAAAUCAUUUAAUCAUUACAUCUCUAUCGCUAUAGACAAUUAGUGCUCCUGUUUCGGCGCCCUCUAGCGUCCGACAGCACGUUUAACAGAGACGUAUUUUAACAGCAGCUAAUCCAAAUGUAACGGAGAGAAACUGCUGUAUCUGGACGUCCUACCUGCGGCAGCCAUAGUGGUAAAAAUGAUCACUGGCACAUGUCUAGUGUGUGUAAAUGUGUGUGUAUGUGGGUACAGAGUGUGUGACUGAUUCUCACUUAAGUGCCAUACGUUUGGUUUCAGCUCCUCACACUUUUCUGAUUGUGGUAAAAAGUUUGUAACAGGAAGUUGCCUUGUUUCCUUACUGGUUUUAUAAGUACUGUAUCUGUGUAAAGAACUUUAUUUGGGAACUGUUGCCUGAACGCUUGCACUGGAGAGACGUGGAGAGGCUCAAGGCGGAGACAGAGAGCUGCAGAUCCGACGCAUAAAAAAAGCACCUUGGUUCAUGUUCCGUUUUGUAACGCGGGGCGAGCGUGGACUCGGACACAUGGACUGACGCUGUUUGACUCGUCAGUCCCUUUUAACUUCAUCGGCUUUUUAGUUUUUCUAUUGUGUUUUGACUAAUAAGUAAUAUUUUCUUACUUUGUAACGAGCAUGUGCCGAGAAGCAUCUUUAUUAAUGAUCACGUCAGUCGCUUAAUUUCUGUAUCACUGUUUUUUGCGUUUUAUUACGGCGUAACAUGUAACUUUUAAUGGAUACGUUACAAAGCUGCCUUCCGAUUUGUCAAAAACAAGCUGAUGCUUUGAAGCUUGCAAUAACAACACUGUGUGUUAAAUAUCACGAUCAGAUCGUAUAACUGAUAAUCAGCACCUACCUUAUUUUUUUUAUACUCAUGCAACUAAAUCAAUCUAUUUUUUAAAAGGUAACAGGACGAAGGGAGACGGACGCGCACUGGCCUCGUUGCCUCGAGGAAUCAGUGCGCUUAAAGACUAUAUUUUGCUGAAGAACUUUCAUGGAAGUGUGUUUAUAAUGCUGUAAUAGUGUAUGGAUGAAAGAAACCCAAGCCCUUACUCUGGAAGACAAGCUGCUCUCCUUCACCAGGACUUGUACAUAGAGCUGUAUUUGAACCUAUAUAAUGUACAGAACUGUAUUUAUAUUGUAUCAAGAAAAAGUGGGUACAAAGAUCUUCUAGAAUACAGAACAUUUACAGUUUCAA